AUGUCGCAGAGGCGCAAUCCCUUCUCCCGCGCUGGCUCGCCCUCCACCGGCCCCGGCGCCCCGGCCAUCGCGAGCCGCCCCAAGUCCGCAAACUUCUCGGCCGCCUCGCCCCUGUCCAGCGUCGCGAAGCCGCCUACACACCAGCGCAACAGCUCCUCCGUGGCAUCCAUUGCCGCCAGCUUCGCUCCCGCUUCGAGCACUGGCUCCCGCCAUCACCGCAGCGACUCCAAGAGCAGCCCCCUGAACUCGUCCACCACAUUUGCUCCCUCCUUCAUCAAGACCGACGACCUGCGCCGGAGUAUAGACGUCGUCAAGGGCAUAGAAGGCGAGAAUGACUUCUCCGGCAAGAGAUACGUCUGGCUCAGAGACCCCCACGCCGCCUUCGUGAAGGGAUGGGUCGUCGAGGAGCUCCCCGGCGGCAGCAUCCUGGUCCAGUGUGACGAUGGAAGCCAACGUGAGGUCGACGCCGAGAGCGUAGACAAGGUCAAUCCUGCCAAGUUCGACAAGGCCAACGACAUGGCCGAGUUGACCCACCUCAACGAGGCCUCGGUCGUACACAAUCUCCAUAUGCGAUACCAGGCCGACCUGAUCUACACCUACUCGGGUCUCUUCCUGGUCACCGUCAACCCCUAUUGUCCGCUGCCGAUAUACAGCAAUGAGUACGUUAACAUGUACAAGGGCCGCAAUCGCGAGGACACAAAGCCCCACAUCUUUGCCAUGGCCGACGAGGCUUUCCGAAAUUUGGUCGACGAGGGAGAAAACCAGAGUAUUUUGGUCACCGGCGAAUCCGGUGCUGGAAAAACCGAAAACACCAAAAAGGUCAUUCAGUACCUCGCCGCCGUUGCGCGCUCCGAGUCGCCCGUCAAGGGCCGCGGCCAGCACUCGAAUCUUUCCCAGCAGAUCCUCCGAGCCAAUCCUAUCCUAGAAGCUUUCGGCAACGCCCAGACCGUGCGGAAUAACAACUCCUCUCGGUUUGGCAAGUUCAUCAGGAUCGAGUUCACGCGCACGGGCGCUAUUGCGGGUGCCUUCAUCGACUGGUAUCUGCUCGAAAAGUCAAGGGUCGUGCACAUCAAUUCUCAAGAGCGCAACUACCACAUCUUCUAUCAGCUCCUGACUGGUGCAGAUCGCGGCAUGAGGCAAGACUAUCUCCUGGGCAAUAUGGAGGUGGAGGACUUCGCAUAUACCCGGGAUGGCCACCACACGAUUACUGGCGUGUCCGACAUGGAUGAAUGGAACUCGCUAUUGGAGGCGUUCCAUGUCAUGGGCUUCUCUGACAAGGAGCAGAAUGCCAUUCUUCGGACGGUCGCCGCGGUGCUUCACCUCGGCAAUAUCUCUGUCGUCAAGGAGAGCCGGAUGGCGGACCAGGCGCGACUGUCACCCGACGCCAAGGAUGUAGCUGCCAAAGUGUGUGAACUGUUGGGCAUACAACUGGAGCCUUUCUUGCAAGGCCUGCUGCAUCCCAAGGUCAAGGCUGGCCGCGAAUGGGUCACCAAGGAGCAGACGCCAGACCAGGUACGGCUCGGAAUCGACGCUCUUGCCAAGGGUAUCUAUGAACGCGGCUUUGGAAACCUGGUUACCAUGAUCAAUCGCCAGCUGGAUCGGAACGGCAUGGGCAUGGACGACUCCAAUUUCAUCGGCGUUCUGGAUAUCGCUGGUUUUGAGAUCUUCGAGGAGAACAGCUUCGAGCAGCUGUGCAUCAACUACACCAACGAGAAGCUGCAGCAGUUCUUCAACCACCACAUGUUUGUCCUGGAGCAGGAGGAAUAUGCCCGAGAGCAGAUCGAGUGGCAAUUUAUCGACUUCGGUCGCGAUUUGCAGCCGACUAUCGAUCUCAUCGAGCUGCCAAAUCCCAUCGGUAUCUUCUCGUGCCUUGAUGAAGACAGUGUCAUGCCGAAAGCUACCGAUAAAUCAUUCACCGAGAAACUAAACUCUCUCUGGGAUAAGAAGUCCAACAAGUACCGCCCGUCAAGACCAGGCCCUAAGCACGGCUUUAUCUUGACGCAUUACGCCGCCGACGUAGAAUAUUCAACUCAAGGUUGGCUAGAGAAGAACAAGGACCCACUGAACGACAACAUCACCCGUCUCCUGGCUUCCUCCACAGACAAGCACGUCGCUGGUCUGUUUGCAGAUUGCGCCGAUCCUGACGAUGAUAAUGGCGGCGCUCGUAGCAGAGUCAAGAAGGGGCUUUUCCGAACUGUCGCCCAGCGCCACAAGGAACAGCUCUCCAGCUUGAUGGCCCAGCUGCACUCCACGCAUCCUCACUUUGUCCGAUGCAUAUUGCCCAAUCACAAGAAGCGUCCUAAGCAAUUCAACGCACUUCUCGUACUGGACCAGCUGCGGUGUAAUGGUGUACUUGAAGGUAUCCGUAUUGCGCGAACGGGCUUCCCAAACAGACUGCCCUUCUCGGAAUUCCGCCAGCGAUACGAGGUCUUGUGCCGCGAUAUGCCCAAGGGCUACGUCGAAGGCCAGGCUGCCGCCGCGAUUAUUCUAGACAAAUUGGGCUUGGACAAGUCUCUGUACCGUGUCGGUAUCACGAAAGUGUUCUUCCGCGCUGGCGUUCUAGCCGAAUUGGAAGAGCAGCGUGACGCCUUGAUUGCCGAGAUCAUGUCUCGGUUUCAGUCUGUCGCUCGUGGUUACAUCCAGAGACGCAUUGCAUUCAAAAGGUUGUAUCGUGCAGAAGCAACUCGUGUCAUUCAGCGGAACUUCAAUGUUUACCUCGACCUAUGCGACAAUCCUUGGUGGCAACUCCUUAUUAAGAUGAAGCCGUUGUUGGGUGCCACUCGUACGGCCACUGAAGUGAAACGCCGCGAUGAGAAGAUACGGCAAUUGAAUGACCAGAUGCGGUUGGAAAACGAGAACCGCCAGCGACUUGAGGAAGAGCGCCGUAACACCCAUGCCGACCUCAUGCGGAUACAGCAGACUCUUGAGAGUGAAAGAGCCUUGGCCUUGGACAAGGAGGAGAUCUUCAAGAGGCUGCAGCAGCGAGAAGCCGAGCUUGAGGAGAAACUGGCUGGGGCCAUCGAGGACCAGGAAAGGCUUGAAGAUCAACUAGACGACCUGCUUGACGCCAAGAAACGUGCUGAAGGGGAGGUUGAUAAGCACCGAGCCCAACUAGAGCAAGCUGCAGCCUUGAUUGGCCGACUCGAAGAAGAAAAGAAAGAGUUGGACUUGCGGGCCUCUGAUCUCGAAGCAGAGCUCCACGAGAUUUCUCAAAAACAAGCCGACCGUAGUGCUCAGGAAGCAGCACUCUCAGAAGAUGUGCGGAUGCUACAGAGUCAGCUGUCACUCAAGGAUCGAAAAGUACGAGAUCUUGAGGGCAAGCUGUUGAAGGUCGAUCAAGAUGCCGAUAUCAAACUAGCCGCGGCGCAAAAGGAACUGCAAACCCUAAGAUCCCGUGAGCAGAAUCUGAGUCGUGAGAACCGCGAGGUUCAGCAGCAGCUAUCGCAAUUAUCCAAGACUUCUACGGACUACGAGGACCUGGUACGAAAGAAGGAAAGCGAGCUCAUCGUUCUUCGUGGAGACAAUAAGAAGUUCCAAAUGGAGCAGCGGAGCUUUGAUGAUCAAAAGAAGGCUCUGCUCGCUGAGAAAGAGAAGGUCUCGGGGCGUCUGCGCGACGUUCAGGCGGAGAUGGUUGCUAUGAAAUCCCAGCAGUCGCAACUUCAGCGGGAAGCUGAGGAUGCAAAGCAACUGCUGGAGGCAAGACUUUCCGAAGAUGCUCAAGCCAGCCAAAACCGCCAAUUGCUUGAGUCGCAAAUCAAAGACCUGAAAGAUCAGCUCUUCAAGGUUCAGUCCGAUCUGAGUCGGGAGCGUCAGUCUCGAGACGACGUUGCGCUGAUUGCCGAGCACAAGUUCCAAGCCCUGCAGGACGAGCAUGAAGAGCUUAAGGAGCUUAAAAUCACCAUCGAAAAGGAGCUCUAUCUGCAGCAAGACACUUUGCGACGAACCAAGGAGGCUCGGGCAACGGCAGAGAAGGAACGAGACGAGGCACGCGAGGAGAUCCGUAGGCUUCGAGUGGCAAAGACACAAGCUGAAGAAGCUCGUCUACAAGCCGAACAAGCCGGCGAACGCAAUGCCACACGGGUAGCCCGUGAACGUGAGGCUAGUCUCGAGAGAGACUUGGAUGCUACGCAGGAGCGGCUGAGGUGGUUCGAAUCUGAAUGUGAAAAGCUGAACCGCCAGGUCGAGGAUCUCAACAAGUUCAUGAUCGAAUCAGGCGAGUUUGGUCUCAAGAACGACCAAGCCAAAGAGCGUCUCGAACGCGAGCUUGUGACAGUCAAGGGUCGGUUGACCGCUUCCGAGAACGACAACCGCGCUCUGCUCAACAAACUCCAACAAAAGGGCCUCGAGAUCGCCCGAUCUAGCUCGAGGGUGAGCGAGGCCUCCAGAGGCCAAGUCGUCAGCCUCCAACGUGAGAAGGCACGACUUGAGGAGACGAACACGAAGCUCAACAAACAACUCGGAGAGUCCCAGUUGAAUGUUGCCAGCUUGGAGAAGAGGUUGGAGAAGAUGCAACUUAGCAUCGAGGACCUCAACCAUGAAGUUGCUCGUGAAGUCCAAUCAAACAGGAAUGCUGAGAAGCUUUCUUCUCAAUCCACAGCCCAGCUUGCGGAAGCCAACCGAACUCUCGAGUCGGAGCGUCAAGCGCGAACACAAGCCCAGGCGACCGCCCGCACAUUACAGGCUACUCUCGACUCGCGCGGGAAGGAGCUGGACGACCUCCGAGCACAGUUGCUUCGGGUACUGAAGGCUGUGGACCCUGAGGUGCCCGUGACAAUCCAACCUAACGAGAGCCAUGAGAAGAUGAUGAGCAAGAACUUUGAGAUGAUCAGAAAGAUCGAGGAACUACAGCAGAACCUUCGCGUGCAGACUGCAGGGCGCACUAAUGCUGAGGCCCAGCUGGCCGAACUCCGCGCCUCCAGGGUCGAUUCACCUAUGCGACCACGACUAGAAGAGAUGAACCCUAACGAGGCCCCUUUCACCGGCUCACCUACACAGAGGCGAAGCAAGCUCAACGGGCGGUACAACUCGAACUCAACUACCCCGACGCGUCGUUUUGGGAAUGAGAAUGAGACUGUCCAGGACUCCGGUAAAUCCGACAAGACUGCAGACAUGCUCAGUUUCAACAACCGCCAGGAUCUGAAAACUGAGGUUGAGGAACUCCAGAACCAGCUACAGCUGGCACAGAUGCAGAAUCGCCAUCUCCAGAGCCAAGUUGAGAGGUCCACGCCCACGCGAGAGAUCACACCCUUUGACGAGAGCCCCUCGAUGCGCAGGAUGCAAAAGUUGGAAAAGGCCAACAACCGCCUGCAUGAUAUGCUGGAUGAUUCGUCCAAGAAGGUCUCGUACUUGGAAAAGUCCAUGCGAGCUGGCGAGCUUUCACUGCGCGACAUCCAGACAAAGUCGCAUGAAGAGAUUCUCGAGCUCCUCAACAGCCAAGAAGAGUCGCGAAGGUCGCUGCUGCAUAGUCAUAAUGAUGCUGUCGCUGAAUUGACCGAUGUCAAGGAAUACUUCGAGAAGAUGCGACGCGACCGUGCAAGCCUGGAGGUUGAGUUGCGUGAUGCAAAGUCCGACCUACAGGAGAUGACCGUUGCGAGAGAGCAGGAAGCUGGAAGUCGAAACCAGCUACUGCAAGAGUUCGCCGAUCUCCAGAUCCGACUGGAUGCCGAAACUUCCAAGCUUGUCGACGUCUCUUCAAGCCUUGACCUCUACAAAACUCGAGCCGAUGAGUACUUCAGCAAACUGGAGCAAGCUGAAAUCUCUGUGCUCAAGGCAACCCGAGCUGAACAGUUCGCCAAGUCUCAGGCUGCGGAAGCCGAGGAACAGUUGGCCGAGAUCAUGGCUCAUCGUAAGAGUGCCGAUGGCGAUCUAGAGGAUCUCCAACGACAAAAUCAGCGAUUGGAAGAGAAGCUCGAGGAUCUUUCCACUGACUUGGAAGCGGCGACGCAAGCCAAGAAGCGCCUGCACAAUGAGCUCGAGGACUACAGAAACCAGAGAGCUAUUGACAUCGAAGACAAGGAGUCGAGCAUGGAGCAAACGCGCAAGAAGUACCAGGCCGAGUUUGCCACUCUUACCAAGGAGCUUGACCUUGCUCGGGAAGAGAAGCUGUACAAGCAAUCUGAGAUCACCCGUUUGCGGGAAGAGCUCGACGACUUGCGCUCCAAGUGGGAUGACGAGGUGCUCAACAGCUCUACGUGGUCAAAGGAGAAGGCUCGCCUUGAAAGUACCCUAUCUGACGUCGUCGCCUCUCGCGACGACGCCGUCAAUGCCCACAACGAGGCACAGACCAAGGUCGUAUCACUGUUGUCGCAGGUCCGAUCACUCCGCACCUCUGUCGACGACAUCACCGCUGAGCGGGACGCCUUGAUUCGCGAGAAGCGCAGUAUCGAAGCAAGGCUUCAAGAAGCCAAGGCUGGUCUUGAUGACUUGGCCAAGAGCGAGAGCCCAGCCUUGCGAAACGCCGCAAGCACCGACAAGCAGAUUCUGGAGCUCAAGUCUGGUCUUGCCCAACAAGAAGAUAUUGCUGCGGCUGCAGUUGAGAAGAUGAGACGGUCUGAGUCACUGGCAAACGAACUCCAGAAGGAGAUGGUUGUCGAGCGCGAGAUAGGUGCCGAGCUUUCUAAGCAAAAAGCUGCUCUUGAGAAGAGCCUGAACGAACUCCAAGUGCGUCUGGUCGAUCUCGAGACGAAGGGCUAUUCUAGCGCCAGCCAGGACGUCAAGUUCCUGCACAAACGAGUCCAGGAGCUCGAAUCACAACUGGAAGCACAAGAGACGGAGCGAUCCAAGUCGCAGCGUAGUGUCCGCAAUGUUGACCGCACCGUCAAAGACCUGCAGAGCCAGAUCGAUCGCAAAGACAAGCAGGCUGCUCAGCUUACCGAAGACGCCAACCGCCAGCGUGACAAGGUCGAGAAGCUCCUGAAGACGAUCGAAGAGCUGCAGUCCUCGGAGGGCACCAACCAGCUCUCAGCAAGGCGAGCCGAGCGCGAGCUUGCCCAGGAGAAGGAGAAGACCGCCAGACUCGAACGCGAGCUCGAGGGCUGGAAGCACUUGCGGAUGGAGAAGGGGAGCGUGACCGGUACUCUGCGGUUCGGCACCCCAGGCCUCGACGGAGGAAGCGUGCGAAGGUCUAGUGGGUGGCGAGCUAUCGCGGAUGGGGCGGACGAGACCAGCAGCCUCAGCGGCACCGGGAUCGAGGUGCCGAAGCGCAAGAGCAGUCUUGGACGGGCGCCCAGCCUGACCAAGGGGUUCUUGUGA